AUGCAGAAAUAUCUAGAAAACGAAGAGACUUCAUUAUUGACAGCUGUCGAUGAAGAAGCGGAAGCAUCAUCGUUCCAAGACAUUAAAUAUCCCAAAUAUGUCAUCCAGGUUACUUCAUACUCAGAUAAAUUUUACGUUCUCAUUUCACUGUAUACUGGUGUUUUAUUAGCUGCGUUAGAUGGAACUGUCAUUGCAUCUCUCUUAUCGCAUAUAGCUUCGGAACUAGGGAAUUUAUCUUUUGGUCCGUGGAUUGCCAGCUCGUACAUGAUUUUGAGCUCAGCUUUUCAGCCGCUUUUUGGAAAGCUAAGUGAUAUCUUUGGUCGAAAGCGCUGCCUUCUCACAUGCCAUACCCUUUUCGCAGUUGGAAGUUUGAUCUCGGGCUUAUCACAAGAAAUGGCCUCGCUUAUUCUUGGUAGAUGCGUGCAAGGAAUUGGUGGUGGUGGUUUAGUAGCAUUGAGCAGUAUUGUUGUCAGUGAUAUGACACCACUGCGUGAGCGCGGGCUUUACCAGGGGAUAGGAAAUAUAUCGUUUGGAAUUGGAGCCUCCUUGGGUGGAAGUAUUGGAGGGGUAAUAAGUGACAAAUUUGGUUGGAGAUAUGCGUUUUUGGGUCAAGUGGGAAUUUCUUUUCUAGCUAUCUUUAUGGUUAGUAUGAAACUGCACGAGAAGAAUCUGGGUAGAUUAGAGAGCGUAUGGUCUCAGCUGGGACGCGUCGAUUUUUUUGGCAGCUUUUCCCUGCUCGGCUCCUUCAUCUUUUUCUUCUUGGCGCUGAACCUUGGUGGAGCCUAUGUACCUUGGAGAAGUGUACAGUUGGGCGUACUAUUACUAGCGUCUCUCACAUUUUCUUUUUGGUUUUUAAGAGCCGAGAAAAGGAAUCCGGAAAAUUCAAUAGUUCCAUUAGAGCUCUUCGAAAGUGCUACGGUAUGCCUAUGUUCUACCCUUUGCUUAUUUGCUUCAAUGGCGGCAUACUCUUACAUUUUUCAUCUUCCCAUCUUCAUUGAGAUUGUUCAAGAGAAAAGUGCGUCUUUUUCGGGAACAAUUCUUGCCAUUAACUUUGCUGGUGUCACAUUCGGGUCACUUGGAUCGGGGUUUAUUAUGAAAGCGACAGGUAGUUACAAGGUUUUACUCCUUUCCUGUGGAAUGCUGUAUAUCGCAAAUUGUGGUAAUUUGUGUACCUUUGACGUGACAACGUCAACGCUAAAGCAAGUUCUCACGGUGGGUUUUUUGGGGUUUGGAUAUUCUACCAUCGUAACAAUUGCGUUAGUGGCAUUAAUGUCAUCGGUGCCUUCCAAUCUUCAGGCAGUCAGCAGCUCGAUUUUAUAUGCUUCACGGGGAUUUGGUUCGACAAUGGGUGUUGCGGUAUCUUCAUCAAUAUUUUCGAAUUCGCUGCGGCAUUAUCUUGAUAAAUUCGUUGUUGGCAUUGACCGCGAACAAAUAAUAGAGUUAGCCUUAACUUCUUCAGACUCAGUGAGAGGAUUCUCAGAGCAAUACAGAAGUCAGGCUAUUCAAAGCUACCUGUCCUCGCUCAAAAUUGUUUUUGCAUUUAUCUUUUGCCUGUCGGUCGUAAUCGGACUGGCGUCUAUUCCGCUUAAGCAACAUAACCUUAGUCAAAAAAUUAGAGAUGGUCGAGAGACGUGA